AGGAAACAUAUCUCUUUCUUUCUCUCUCUCUCUCUCGAUUCAUCUAGAGAGAUUAUUAGGUCUUAAACCUAGAUUUUGCAAGGUUUAAGCAAAAGUUUAACACUAUUUUAAUAUUUUAAUCACUGUAUAAAGUGGUAUAGGUGGGUGUGUCCCACCCUUACAGUCUUCUUAGAGUUCCAAAGAUUCUUUUUUUCAUUAUUUUAUUUUAUCUAUAUCACACAUUCAGACAGACUCAGAUUUAAUUAAUUAUUAAUUCAACCAAAACACAAUUUUCUCUGUCUCUACAGUCUCACGUCUAGCUUACGUGGUGAGAUUAUUAGGGUUGAAAAUUAGCACUUACCCAUUUUUAUUUUAGUGGGUUUAAGCAAAGCAUCCCAUAACGUCCAAAUCAAACGAAAAAGAAAACCACAAAUAAGAUUACUUGGUUUAUUAUCUCUCUCUCUCUCUCUCUCUAGUUCUUCCUUCCCCCUAUCAGAUAAAUUCUUCAUGAAUUUUUACUGAAAUUGAUCGAGCUCUAAUCUCUUUGAUUUGAUUUGAUUUGAUGAUGACGAUGAUGAUAAAUAAGAGAUGGGUUAUUAUUAUCUAUUGAAAAGAUCCGACCUUGAUGGAGAUGACAGGGGAAGAGAGAGGAAGAGCUACCAUGGCAAUGCGUUUCAAGAUUCCGUCUCCUUUAGUGGAAGCUACCAGAAGAAAUGACUCAACCCUAAUACUAAAUCCGUCCAGUCUAGACAAUCUUCAUCUAGUCAAGCAAGUUCAGGCGAUUUCUGAAAGAAAUCCCGACACAGAUCAAGAUUCCGACCCAGAUCCACCUCCACCGCCAGGAUUUACCGCCGCCAAUACAUCCGUUACUCCGCCGCAACAGUCCGCCGCCUCAUCAGGGUUUACGGUAAUGUAUAAAGAGUGUCUUAAAAAUCACGCCGCAAACAUGGGUGGACAUGUCGUCGAUGGAUGCGGCGAAUUCAUGCCCGGCGGCGGAGACGACGGUUCAGAGACCGCUCUUAAAUGCGCAGCUUGUAACUGUCACCGUAAUUUCCAUCGGAAAGAAGUCGAGGGCGAACCGACCGCCGGAUAUAAUCCUUAUAGUUCCGUUAGAAACGGAAGAAUAAUGAAUCCCCAAAUUCCCAUCGCGCCGCCUCAAGCGGCGGCGCCAACAUCCGGACACCAUCUGUACCACCAGCACCACCGCCACAAUUACCCAAUGGGUCAUCCUAUACCGCCGAUGAUGAUGGCGUUCGGCGGCGGCGGAGGAGGAGGAACGGCGGCGGAAUCUUCUAGUGAAGAUCUAAACAUGUUGCAUUCGAGCGGGGGAGGUCAAUUCAUGUCACAGCCUGGUUCUUCAUCAUCGAAGAAGAGAUUUCGUACGAAAUUCACGGCUGAACAAAAGGAGAAAAUGCAUGAAUUGGCUGAGAAUUUGGGUUGGAAGAUCCAGAAACAAAGUGAAGAUCUUGUUAAGAAAUUCUGCAAUGAAUUUGGAGUAAAAAGGCAAGUUUUCAAAGUCUGGAUGCAUAACAACAAACAGGCCAUGAAGAAGAAACAACAAAUUCCGUAAGCCAAAUUAAUUUAAUAUCUUCUUCCUGCAGUAUCAUCCAUUUCAUUCCAUUUUGGGAGACAUUAUUAUCGAAAGUAUUAAUGUCAUUUUGUCCCUAAUUAAUUAAUUAAUCAUUUAAUUAGCUUCUUAAU